UCUAGUGCUUGAGAACCAACCGUUCACACCAACCAACCAACUCAACAUGUUCAAAUACUUCGCCCUCUGCCUGUUCGCCAUCGUGGCCUGUGUUGCUGCCAAGCCGGCGGUGAUUGCUGCCCCACUGGCCUACAGCGCCUACUCCUCCCCCUAUGUGGCCGCAGCUCCUUACUCGGCUGCCUACACCGCUGCAUACACCGCUCCCGUGGCCGCUGCCUACUCCGCCUAUCCCUAUGCGUCCGCCUACUCGGCCUACUCCGCCUACCCCUAUGCCGCCUACUACCGUUAAGGAUUUCUUGAAUCCCGACUGCUAAACUGGACCUGAAACCAUAUACCUAUUACAACAAGGAUACCUUACCGCUA